AUGGCGGAACAAACUUGCCUGGAUUUCGAUCCUGAAUCGUCGGUCUUCAAGAGAGAUCGGCACGUACUUUUUCUGCAGAUGAUGUAUCAGCUCUUGCCGUCGGCGUAUCAGGACCAAGAAAUCAACCGCCUUACGCUCGCCUAUUUCGUUGUCUGCGGCCUAAACAUUCUAUCCGCCCUCGAUCGAAUUGACAAGGAAGAGGUGAUUAACUGGGUCUUGUCAUUACAAGCUCAUCCAAAGAAUAGGGCCACAUUAGAAAGUGGUCAAUUUUAUGGAUUUCAUGGAUCCAGGAGCUCGCAGUUUCAGUCCAAUGAUACUGGGGCAGCCAGCCUCAACGGCAGUCACCUAGCUAGCACUUAUUGUGCGCUGGCCAUAUUAAAGACUAUUGGCUAUGAUUUAUCACUUAUCGAUGCCGAGUUGUUAUUGAGAUCAAUGAAAAACUUGCAGCAAGCUGACGGAUGUUUUAUGCCCAUUCAUACUGGAGGAGAGGCAGAUCUGCGCUUCGUGUAUUGUGCUGCGGCCAUUUGUUCCAUGUUGAAUAACUGGAGCGGCAUGGAUCGGGAAAAAGCUAAGGAGUACAUAAUUAAUUGUCAGUCAUACGACGGUGGUUUUGGAUUAAUUCCUGGUUCAGAAUCUCAUGGUGGUGCCACUUACUGUGCUGUUGCUUCUCUUAAACUGAUGGGAUUCCUUGAAGAAGAUUUGCCGUCGAAAGACAUUUCCUCUCAUAUCAUCAAUGUGCCAUUGCUUUUGGAUUGGAGCUUGCAGAAGCAAGCAAAAGAUGGUGGCUUUCAAGGUAGAGCAAACAAGCCAAGUGAUACCUGUUAUGCCUUUUGGAUUGGAGGAGUUUUAAGGAUCUUACGGGCAGAUAAGUUCCUUAACAAGAGAGCAUUACAUAGUUUUUUGUUAACUUGCCAGUCUGAGUAUGGUGGUUUCAGUAAAUUCCCGAGAAGUUUCCCAGAUCUUUACCACUCUUAUUAUGGAUUUUGUGCAUUUAGUCUAUUGAAUGAACCUGGUCUCGGUUAUUUAUGCGUCGAGCUGGGUAUAGCAGAUGUUGCAGUACUUGGGGUUUGA